AUGUCCAGCGCACAAUUACAAAUUAUUCAUAAUGAAGAAAUUUACAUGACACGUGAUCGUGCGGAAUUAUUUUAUGCUGAACAUAAAGGUAAAUUUUUCUAUGAUCGACUUGUUAAUCAUAUGAUUUGUGGCCCAUUAGGAGUAUAUAUUCUAGCUGGUCCUGAAGCAAUAUCUGUAUGGCGUUCUUUACUUGGUUCAACUAAAGUUUAUCAAACCGUUGUCUUUGAACCGAAUAGUUUACGUGGUCGUUUUGGAUUAACAGAUACCAGAAAUGGUUUUCAUGGAUCAGAUUCCCAAGAAAAUGCAUUGAAAGAAAUCAAAUUUUUCUUUCCUAAUUUCAAUUAUGAAAAUCAUCCAUGUUUAAUUUCUUAGGUUUGAAUAUGUACAAGUGUAUGUAUGUAUGUUUUAUUGUACUUUAAUAAUUUUGUGAAAGAAGUCGUAAAAAUCUAGUCUUGAAACUGUAUAAUUUAUUACGUGUCUUCUCAUUAUAUAUUAAAUCAUCAAUAUUGAGAAAAACCGGUUGUUUUAAUUUUGUACAACUAACACCGGUAUAUUUGAUUUACUCAUUUUGUAAUCCAACUAAG